ACAUUUUUUUCUAACCAAAAUUGUUUAAGAGUUUGUUUAUUCGUAUUCUUUUUUUGUUACUUAUAAAUGUGUUAAUCUUGUAUCGCCUUCUAUAAUCUUUUCUUCAAUAAAUAAGGAAAUGUAUAGAUGGACCAGGACAGCAGCAUAGUCACUCAUUAAUUUAACAGACAGAUGGAUUUAAUAUAUACAUUCUGGUGUCUGAGCUAAUUACUCUACUAUAUAAAAUAUCAAGAUACCUUUGGAUUGGAUCAUCAGUGAUAUAGUCACUCACAUCUAGCAGCCAGCUGACCUUGAGGGCUAGUCGGCCUAAAGACCCAGUGGAGAGUGGAAAGUGAAGUGUAGUUGCCAUGGAAGUUGCACAGAAUGGAACAAAACUGGUUCGCUCUUUCAAGAAUAUUCCUGGACCCUUCAGCCUACCUGUUGUGGGAACACUCUACCUUUACAAACUUGGAUUCUUCGAUGUACUCCAGUACCACGAGGUGCUGCAGCGCGACUGUUAUGAGACAUACGGCCCUAUAGUGAGAGAGAAGAUUGGAUCUUCCACAGUAGUUCAUGUGUUCGACCCGGACGAUGCCAGGACCAUCUACCGGAAUGAAGGCAAGAUGCCUUAUGUUGUCCCUCUGCAGGAAACGGAUAAACUGUACCGACAGAAGGCUGAAAUGUCUCCGGGUCUUGGCAACACAAACGGGGAGGAGUGGUAUCGGCUAAGGGCUGCUGUGAGGCAUCUCAUGCUCAAGCCCCAAGACGUACAACAGUUCUUGCCCGGAGUGCGUGAAGUGGCUUAAAGACCUUGUGGAAAGAAUUCC